GGAGCCUCACCUGAUUGGGCCGCAGGAUGUCGUGGGCGGCGCUCAGCAUCACCACGUAAGGGAAGUUAUUGCACAGCCCCAAAAGCCUGAGGCACCGGUUAUGGGGCGCCCCAUCAGUGCCCGACCCACGGAUCCGUGGGGCGCCCCAUAGAUCUGCGCUUCCCACUCACCAAAAGGCGGCGCCGUUGCGGCAGUUCUCCAUGCGGGAUGGGGAGGGCGGCUCCUCGUCUGUGGGGCAGAAAUGGGGUCUGUGGGGCCCUAAAGGGCGCUAUGGGGCUCCGCGGGGUCCCUUUGGGGUCUCUGCAGGUUUCUAUGGGGUCUCUGUGGGUCCCUAUGGGGCGCCGCUCACCGCCUCCAUCGCUUUCCGCCAUCGCUGCCGGCUGCGGGGAGAGUCACGUGACCGACGCACCACGUGAUCGCCGGAACGCUGCGCAUGCGCCGUUCAAACCGUUUUCGGUCAUCUCACUGACGGCGAACUUCCGCCUCGCUACCCACAAUGCCACGCGCUGCCACGGAAAUGGAGAAUACGGAAAGCCCCGCCUUUUACGCUGCUCACAUCCGGUGCCUCGCUAACGGUGCGCAUUUGCCUCACUACCCAAAGUGCCUCGCGCUUAAACGGAAAUGGAUCGCCCGUAAGUCGCCGCCAUUGUUGGUCCUUCCCCGUUGCCUCGCUAAAGAUGGUUAUUCGCCUCUUUACGCACAAUCCCCCGCGCCCAAAACGGAAACGUCUCGCCCGCAAGUUUCCGCCAUUUCCGGCCUGUUCUCAAUGCCUCAAUGGCAGGGUUCUAUUUUGCCUCGUUACCCACAAUCCCCGAAGCGGAACCGGAAACUUUUUGCCCGGAAAUUUCAUUCACUUCCCCUCCUGCCUCUGUUGCCUCGCUAAAGAUGCACUUCCGCCUCCUUACCCACAAUCCGCCGCUCUAAAACGGAAAUGGAUCUGGCGGAAGUUUUUACUAUUUCCGGUCCUGUUCCCUUGCCCCGCUAAUGAUGCAUUUCCGCCUCGUUACCCACAAUUUCCCGCGCUGAAACGGAAUUGCGUCGCCCGGAAGUUUCCUCCAUUUCCGGUCCUGUCCCCGUUGCCUCUCUAAGAAAAUUAUUCCGCCUCGUUAACCACAACCCCUCCGCGUACUCCCGGAAACGACCGUACCGGAAGUACCCGCCUUUUUCGCCACCGAUCCCAGCUCCGAUUGGCCGAGCUGUCCCGGGUGGGCGGAAGCGGCGCCAUGGCGGAUCCGGAGCUGAGCGCCGAGGUGCUGCGGGAGCGGCUGAGGAAGGAGCUGGGAGCCGAGCACGUGGAAGUCGAGGACACGACGGCAUCGCGCUGCGCCAGCAGCUUCCGGGUUCUGGUGGUGGCGGCGGCGUUCAGAGGAAUGGGGCUCCUGCAGAGGCACCGGUAGGGGGCGCCCCAUAGAAACCCCAUA